AUGGAUGAGGCAGGGACCUCCUGCUCCAGCUUGGAGCCCCGCGCUGCGGCAGCCCGCGAGCUGCUCCUGGCCGCGCUGGAGGACCUGAGCCAGGAGCAGCUGAAGCGCUUCCGCCACAAGCUGCGGGAUGCGCCGAUGGACGGGCGCAGCAUCCCUUGGGGGAGACUGGAGCGUGCGGACGCUAUGGACCUAGCGGAGCAGCUGACCCAUUUUUAUGGGCCAGAGCCAGCGCUGGAUGUGGCCCGCAAGACCCUGAAGAGAGCCGACGUGCGCGACGUGGCGGCCCGGCUCAAGGCGCAGCGGCAGCAGCGGCUCGGCCCCAGCUCCUCGGCGCUGCUCUCCGUGUCCGAGUACAAGAAGAAAUACCGCGAGCACGUGCUGAGGCAACACGCCAAAGUGAAGGAGAGGAACGCGCGCUCGGUGAAGAUCAACAAGCGCUUCACCAAGCUACUCAUCGCGCCCGAGACCGCCGCCCUGGAGGAGGCACCGCUGGGGCUUGCGGAGGAGCCAGAGCCGGAGCGCGCACGGCGCUCGGACACACACACGUUCAACCGACUGUUCAAGCGGGACCAGGAAGGCCAGCGGCCGCUGACCGUCGUACUGCAGGGCCCAGCGGGCAUUGGCAAGACCAUGGCGGCCAAGAAAAUCCUGUAUGACUGGGCGGCGGGCAAGUUGUACCAAGGCCAAGUGGAUUUCGCCUUCUUCAUGCCAUGCCACGAGCUGCUGGAGCUGUCGGGCACACGCAGCUUGGCUGACCUGAUCCUGGACCAGUGCCCCGAUCCGGGCGCGCCCGUGCGACAGAUGCUAGCGCAGCCUCAGCGGCUGCUCUUCAUACUAGAUGGCGCAGACGAGCUGCCGGCCACCGGGACCGCCGAAGCCGAGCCCUGCACAGACCCCUUUGAGGCAACUAGCGGUACGCGGGUGCUGGGCGGGCUGCUGAGCAAAGCGCUGCUGCCCUCCGCCCGCCUGCUGGUGACCACGCGCACGGCCGCCCCUGGGAGGCUGCAGGGCCGCCUGUGUUCACCACAGUGCGCAGAGGUGCGAGGUUUCUCCGAUAAGGACAAGAAGAAGUACUUCUACAAGUUCUUCCAGGAUGAGUGGAGGGCCGAGCGUGCCUAUCGCUUCGUGAAAGAGAAUGAGACGCUGUACGGCUUGUGUUUCGUGCCCUUCGUGUGUUGGAUCGUGUGCACCGUGCUGCGCCAGCAGUUGGAUUUGGGCCAGGACCUGUCGCGCACCUCCAAGACCACCACUUCGGUGUACCUUCUCUUCAUCGCCAGCGUGCUGAGCUCCACUGGUGCCGACGGUUCCUGGGUGCAGAGAGAGCUGCGCAAGCUGUGCCUCCUGGCCCGUGAGGGCGUCCUCCGGCGUAAGGCGCAGUUCACCGAAAAAGACCUGGAGAAACUGGAGCUUCGCGGCUCCAAAGUGCAGACACUAUUUCUCUGCAAGAAGGAGAUGCCAGGCGUGCUGAAGACAGAGGUCAUCUUCCGAUUCAUUGACCAGAGUUUCCAGGAGUUCUUCGCAGCACUGUCCUACAUGCUUGAGGAGGAGGGGGCUUCUGGGGCACCGACGACGGGUAGCGUGGGGUCACUCCUGCGCACAGACACGGAGCUAAGUGGACACCUGGCGCUCACCACCCGCUUCCUCUUCGGGCUGCUGAGCACAGAGCGGAUCCGAGACAUCGAGCAUCACUUUGGUUGUGUGGUUCCAGAGCGUGUGAAGGAGGAYGCCCUGCGGUGGGUGCAGGGACAGGGCUGCCCCAGGACUGCAUCAGAGGGGAUGGAGGACACAGAGGAACUAGACGAGGAGAUAGAAGAGCCCAACAUCCCCCUAGAGCUGUUGUACUGCCUGUAUGAGACACAGGAGGAGGCUUUUGUGCGGCAGGCCCUGAGCAGCCUCCCAGAGCUGGCACUGGAGCGAGUGCGACUGAGUCGCAUGGAUCUGGAGGUUCUGAGCUACUGUGUGCGAUGCUGCCCGGCUGGACAGGCACUGCGGCUGGUUAACAUUGGACUGGCGGCUGCACAAGAGAAGAAAAAGAAGAAGAGCCUGGUGAAGCGGCUGCAGGGUUCUCGAGCCUCCACAAAACAACUCCUGGGUUCACCACUGCGUCCACUUUGUGAGGCCAUGACUGACCAACAGUGCGGCCUAAGCAGCCUGACGCUGUCCCACUGCAAACUCCCCGAUGUCAUCUGCCGAGACCUCUCGGAGGCCCUGAAGGUCGCACCCGCCCUGACGGACCUCAGCCUCCUCCACAACAGGGUCAGUGAGGCAGGCCUGCGUAUGCUGAGCGAAGGCCUGGCUUGGCCCCAGUGCCGGGUGCAGACACUCAGGGUGCAGCUGUCUGGCCUCCCGGGAGCACUCCAGUACCUGGUAGGCAUGCUCCGGCAGAGCCCUGCCCUGACCACCCUGGACCUCAGCGGCUGCCAGCUGUCUGACCCCACAGUGACCUACAUGUGUGCAGUCCUGCAGCACCCAUCAUGCAGCCUACAGACCCUCAGACUGGCCUCUGUGGAGCUGAGUGAGCUGGCCAAGCAGGAGUUGCAGGCCGUGAAGACAGCAAAGCCAGAUCUGGUCAUCAUACACUCAGAGCUGGACAGCCACCCGGAGCCUCCCAGGGGGUUCAACAGUGUCCUCUGAGGCCCUGAAGCCAGAGCGGGUAGAAUGCAGUGUGGUCAGAGCCCUGUGGAGAGGUAGUCCUAGUCCCCAAGGCAGGAGGAUGCUGCCUUCAGACUCUGGGCAACUUUUCUGAGCAGAGAGGCCCUGGACAGGCAAGCGGGAGGCCCAGACACAGGGSUCUGCUCCUGGUCAGGCCUGGGAUCUCUACCUCACCCUACAGCCACUGCCACUGCAAAAGCCCCUGAAACAGUAAUACCGAUGAAGCCCCUGUUAAUUGAGCACCUAGWGGUUGAUAGGGUGCCCCUUUCUCUGACCUGGCCUCCACCUGAAGUGGACUCUCAGCCCCACAACUCUGGACCUGUAGGCAGAAGGUGGUGGGGCCCUCUCUGGGAAUCUGG